AUCGGAUAACAUAGAAAGAUUAGCGAAGAAAAAGAAAAGGUUAUCAAAUUUAAGGCAAAUCUAAUUUUGGAUAACAGAGCAAGAAAGACAGAAAGAAAGAUGGGGACGAAUGGUAAAUACAAGACGGCUAAAGGCGCCACCUAAAAAGAAUUCCAAUUUCAUUUCAUUUCAUUUCGUAUCAAUCAAUCUAUACAUACAUACACCAAGAAUUAUCUCAAAUAUGUAUCUAUAUCUGUACCUGUAUCUAAAUCUAUAUCUGUAUCUAUCUUGAAUAUAUAUAAAUUAAACCACCCUUUAUUGUUCAAUUAAUCCAUUUCAAACAAAAUCACGCGAAACCCACAUCAGAUUCCAACCCCUAAACAAAAAAAGACACAUUCUUUAUUAAAAUCUUGUGGUGUUUGUGUGCGUGGUGGAUAUGGUUGAAGAAGAUGAAUCAAAAAAAUCCAAGAAAGUAGAGAUUAGUUUGAUGAUAUCAUCAUCAUAUUGGCUAACAAAUUUUCCAAGAGAUCUAAUGGCAGGUGCAUUGAUGGGUGGGAUGGUGCAUACAGUUGUAGCCCCAAUUGAAAGAACAAAACUAUUGUUACAAACACAAGAAAGUAAUAUAGCAAUUGUUGGGGGUAAACAUAGGAGGUUUAAUGGUAUGAUUGAUUGCAUUGUUCAUACUGUUAAACAAGAAGGCUUUUUAUCUCUUUGGAGAGGUAAUGGUAGUAGUGUUCUUAGGUAUUAUCCUUCUGUUGCCCUCAAUUUCUCUCUUAAGGAUCUUUAUAGAAGCAUCUUGCGCAGUGGCAAUUCUCAACACUCCACCUUUUUAGCUGGUCCAUCUGCCAACUUCAUAGCUGGGGCUGCAGCUGGAUGCACGACAUUAGUCAUCAUCUACCCUCUAGAUAUAGCACACACUCGGCUCGCUGCAGACCUUGGGAGAAUGGAAUCCCGUCAAUUUAAAGGCAUCCGUCACUUCCUUUCUACAGUACGGGCCAAGGACGGGAUCCGUGGGAUCUACAAAGGGCUCCCAGCAUCCCUUCAAGGAAUGGUGGUUCACCGAGGCCUGUAUUUUGGUGGGUUUGAUACAAUGAAAGAAAAAAUGUCCAAAAACGCUCCAUCAGAAGUUGCAUUAUGGAAACGCUGGAUUGUAGCUCAAGGUGUGACUACAUCAGCCGGGCUAGUUUCUUACCCAAUGGAUACUGUGAGGAGACGAAUGAUGAUGCAAUCUGGAAUAGAUCGACCUAUGUAUAGAAACACAUUGGAAUGCUGGAAAACAAUCUAUAAGACAGAAGGGUUCGGGUCAUUUUAUCGUGGGGCCCUAUCAAACAUGUUUAGGAGUACAGGAGCCGCGGCAAUCUUGGUUUUGUAUGAUGAGGUGAAGAAGUUUAUGGACUGGAGUGGUUAUAACACUCCUAAUGUUUGAUGGUAUGCUCACAAGAACGUAAUAAGUUGUAGGACAGAGUAGGCGACUAGAGUAGGAUUAUAGUGAAGAAUGAAUACACAUGCGACACUAGACAAAAUGAUACAGUUUGAUGACUGAUUUUUAGUAGAUGACAACAACCAGGAGAUUUUGUUAGCUAAUAAACAUAGUUUGGGAGCCAAAAUUGGGCGGUUUACACCUUUAGCUUUCUUGCGACAAUUUUGUUGGUUUCUGUUUGUAUUGCGAGAAUGCAAUUAAUCUAUGGUAAUAUAAUCUAUGGUGAUCAUCAAACUUAUCAUUACGCUGCGUUUUCUUUUUCCGAGACCGUUACCAUUAAAUGGGGAAAGCAUCGGUACCGCAGCGAUACCUAUGAUAGGUACUGACCGCACUCACAUACCGGAUUUGAUGUGUAAAUUUAAUAAACUUCAGGGGCAAAACUGAUGAGUUUCUUCACAAAACUGUUGUACCUAUUAUUUCCCCUAAAUUUAUAUCCUUUUAUGCGCAACAAAUCAAUGAUUUGGUUGAUUUAUUACGUUUA